ACCUAUACCAUUUCUCUUAUCCUCUUCAAAAAUUUCAGCCCACAAAAUAAUAAUAAUAAUAGUAAAAUUUUCAAUUCCGCUUGCUAGCUUCCAUUAAUUAUUCAUCUAGCUAGCUAUUUUUCUGAAUUCCCAUUUCAAGUUGUGGGAGAUCUUCUAAGGAUGAGUGUUUUUGGUGGAGCUGCGAAAAGGGUACCUGCCCUCUCUUCUUCUCGACUACUACUGCAUCGAUAUCAACAUGUUCCCGGAAUCGCCAGCAUGCUGCGAUCCCGCCGGAGUUUGGCUUCCGCGGGCGCUCCUAAGGCAGAUGAGACGCCGGCAAGUGGAUCUGCCGGCGGCCAAUCUGAAAAGGCAAUAGUGAGCUAUUGGGGGGUGCCGCCGACUAAGCUGACCAAGGACGACGGCUCCGCCUGGACGUGGAACUGCUUUCGGCCAUGGGAGACUUAUCAAGCGGACACAUCCAUUGACGUAAAGAAACAUCAUGCACCUACAACUUUCACGGACAAAUUUGCCUUUUGGACAGUCCAGGCUCUCAAAUACCCUACCCACUUAUUCUUUCAGAAACGACAUAUGUGCCAUGCAAUGCUGCUAGAGACGGUGGCGGCGGUGCCCGGGAUGGUGGGAGGGAUGCUCUUGCACUGCAAGUCUCUUCGGCGGUUCGAGCACAGCGGGGGAUGGAUCAAAGCCCUCCUAGAGGAAGCGGAGAACGAGCGGAUGCACUUGAUGACCUUCGUCGACAUAGCCAAGCCCCAAUGGUACGAGCGCGCCCUCGUGUUCGCCGUCCAGGGCGUCUUCUUCAACGCCUACUUCCUCGCAUAUUUGGCGUCGCCCAAGCUCGCCCACCGCAUUGUAGGCUACUUGGAAGAGGAGGCUGUCAACUCCUACUCCGACUUCCUCCAUGACUUGGAGCAGGGUAACGUGGAGAACGUCUCGGCCCCCGCCAUCGCCAUCGACUACUGGCGACUACCCGCCAACGCCACCCUCCGGGACGUCAUCACGGUCAUCAGAGCUGAUGAGGCACAUCAUCGCGACCUUAACCACUAUGCUUCGGUAAUAAUUUACAAGCACUCCAUCUAUUCAUCAAUAUUGCAAGAUUAUUUUUUAAUUAAUUACUAGUAUUUCAAUUUCUUGUAUGAUUGAUGGGACUUGGGAGCUGGCGAUUUAGUUCGGAGAUUCAUUUAGAUUGUGUUUGAGUUUGGGUGAUUAUGUGAAUUGGUGCAGGACAUCCAGUGUCAAGGACAUGAACUGAGGGAGGCCCCUGCUCCGCUUGGAUACCAUUGAAAGUUGCCGCCAAAGCUUCAAGAGAAGAGUUAGCAUAUACCACAUGUAUUUAUAGAUUAUGAUGGGUUUUUUUAUUUUUGUAAAAAAUAUAACUGUAAAAUAUAAAUAAAUAAAUAAAUAAAUAAAGCUCCCUAGUUAUUUUGUGAUCA